AUGGAAGAGGAAGUUGUAAGCGAAGAGGAAGUGGCAGAAGAGGAAGUUGUGGCAGAAGAAGUUGUAAGCGAAGAGGAAGCGGCACAAGAGGAAGUUGUGGCAGAAGAAGAAGUUGUAAGUGAAGAGGAAGCGGCACAAGAGGAAGUUGUGGCAGAAGAGGAAGUUGUGGCAGAAGAAAAUCAAGAUGUGUCACUCAAUACUCAAGGGAGGGAGAAUGAUAUAGAUGUCAGUGAGGGCAAUGCAGAAGAGAAUGAUGAUGUAGAAGAAGCAGAUGAUCAAGGAGAGCUACAUGGAACUUGUGAUGAUGAACUGAAUGAACUAGCUGGGGUACCAUUUGAUGACGAACAUGAAGAUGACGAAGACCAAAGUGAAGAAGGAAUUGAAUAUGGAACCCAGAAUGAAGAAUCAAAUGUACUUUCCAAUUGUGAAGAGAUGUUGGAGGAUUGUGAAUAUGAAAUAUUACAACCAUAG